AAGACCAUGGAUGAAGAUGAAUUUGAAUUGCAGCAACAGGAGCCAAACUCAUUUUUUGAUGGAAUAGGAGCUGAUGAUACACACAUGGAUGGUGAUCAAAUUGUUGUGGCAGUACAAGAAGCUGUUUUUGUUUCUAAUAUUGUGCAUUCAGACAUUACUACACAUAACUUUGUUCCUGAUGACCCAGGCUCAGUUGUAAUACAAGAUGUUAUUGAAGAUGUUGUUAUAGAGGAUGUUCAGUGCUCAGAUGUCUUAGAAGAAGCAGAUAUAAUUGAAAAUGUCAUCAUUCCUGAGCCAAUGCUGGACUCAGUUGUAACUGAAGAAGUUUCUUUAGUACAUCGCACAGUCUCAGAUGAUGUUUUAGCUGCUGACAUUACUUCAGCUUCAGUGUCUAUGCCAGAACAUAUCUUGACAAGUGACUCUGUGCAUAUAUCUGAUGUUGGACAAGUUGAACAUGUGGUUCAUGAUAGUGUAGUAGAAGCAGAAAUCAUCACUGAUCCUCUGACUACUGAUGUAGUUUCAGAAGAAGUACUGGUAGCAGAUUGUGCCUCUGAAGCAGUCAUAGAUGCCAAUGGGAUCCAUGUGGACCAGCAAGACAAUGACAGAGGCAACUGUGAAGACUACCUUAUGAUUUCAUUAGAUGAUGCUGGCAAAAUAGAACACGAUGGUUCCUCUGGAGUGACAGAGGAUGCACAGUUGGAAAUUGAUCCCUGUAAAGUGGACAGCACUGGCCCUGAAGUCAUCAAGGUGUACAUUUUUAAAGCUGACCAUGGAGAGGAAGACUUAGGUGGAACUGUAGACAUUGUGGAGAGUGAGCCUGAGAAUGAUCAUGAAGUUGGACUACAUGAUCAGAACAGCAGUAUUCGUGUUCCCAGGGAAAAGAUGGUUUAUAUGACUGUCAAUGACUCUCAGCAAGAAGAUGAAGAUUUGAAUGUUGCUGAAAUCACUGAUGAAGUUUACAUGGAAGUAAUCGUAGGAGAGGAAGAUGCUGUUGCAGCAGCAGCAACUGCUGCUGUGCAUGAACAACAAAUGGAUGACAGUGAAAUGAAAACCUUCAUGCCAAUAGCAUGGGCAGCAGCUUAUGGUAAUAAUUCUGAUGGAAUUGAAAACCGGAAUGGCACUGCAAGUGCCCUCUUGCACAUAGAUGAGUCUGCUGGCCUCGGCAGACUGGCUAAACAAAAACCAAAGAAAAGGAGAAGAACUGAUUCCAGGCAGUACCAAACAGCAAUAAUUAUUGGCCCUGAUGGACAUCCUUUGACUGUUUACCCUUGCAUGAUUUGUGGGAAGAAGUUUAAGUCGAGAGGUUUUUUGAAAAGGCACAUGAAAAACCAUCCUGAACACCUUAGCAAGAAGUACCGCUGUACUGACUGUGAUUAUACUACCAACAAGAAGAUAAGCUUACACAACCACCUGGAGAGCCACAAGCUGACCAGCAAGGCAGAGAAGGCCAUCGAAUGUGAUGAGCGUGGGAAGCAUUUCUCUCACACUGGGGCUUUGUUUACUCACAAAAUGGUGCAUAAGGAAAAAGGAGUCAACAAAAUGCACAAGUGUAAAUUCUGUGAAUACCAGACAGCUGAACAAGGGUUACUGAAUCGCCACCUUUUGGCAGUCCACAGCAAAAACUUUCCUCAUAUUUGUGUGGAGUGCGGUAAAGGUUUUCGUCACCCAUCAGAGCUCAAAAAGCAUAUGCGAAUCCAUACUGGGGAGAAGCCGUACCAAUGCCAGUACUGCGAAUAUAGGUCUGCAGACUCUUCUAACUUAAAAACACAUGUAAAAACUAAGCAUAGUAAGGAUAUGCCAUUCAAGUGUGACCUUUGUCUUCUAACUUUCUCAGAUACCAAAGAAAUGCAGCAACAUGCUCUUAUCCACCAAGAAAGCAAAACACACCAGUGUUUGCAUUGUGAACACAAGAGUUCAAACUCAAGUGAUUUGAAGCGACACAUAAUUUCAGUUCACACAAAGGACUACCCCCAUAAGUGUGACAUGUGUGAUAAAGGCUUUCACAGACCUUCAGAACUCAAGAAACAUGUGGCUGCCCACAAGGGUAAAAAAAUGCACCAGUGCAGACAUUGUGACUUUAAGAUUGCAGAUCCAUUUGUUCUGAGUCGCCAUAUUCUCUCAGUUCACACGAAGGAUCUUCCAUUUAGGUGUAAAAGAUGUGGAAGGGGAUUUAGACAACAGAAUGAGCUUAAGAAGCAUAUGAAGACACACAGUGGCAGGAAAGUGUAUCAAUGUGAGUACUGUGAGUAUAGCACUACAGAUGCCUCAGGGUUCAAAAGGCACGUUAUUUCCAUUCAUACGAAAGACUAUCCUCACCGGUGUGACUACUGCAAGAAAGGGUUCCGAAGACCUUCAGAAAAGAACCAGCACAUAAUGCGACAUCAUAAAGAAGUUAGCUUGCCCUAGCAAUAUGUCUACAGACUUUUCUAAAAAUUUUGGCCUUGAAGCAAGGAAAUUCAUUUUACAGCAAAUCUGUCUUGUUCACAUACAGUAUUGUACAUUGAAUUAUGCUGUAUACAAAUAGGAUUAUACUUCUAGUUGAUUU